GACCUCCGGGAGAAAACGGCCGUGCAGUCUGUGGCGUCGACAGAAAGGAAACCGUGGCUGUCCCCAGCGCGUGGCUCCUCGAAGCCCUCAGUAAGUAACUGCUGGGCUGCACCGAAUGUUUGAUCUCCCCAGCACACAUUAUCCGGGGCAGGAACCACGUCUUUGGUGGGGCCCUGAUGACAGAAGACGGAGCCAGCCGCGUCCCUGUUCUCAGGAAGUUCAGAGCUUAGUGCAGGGGGCUAAAAAUGCAACGCGUUCAUUUAACAAAUAUUUCCCCAGCGUCAGUCUGUGCAAAGGUGGGGAAGGAGAAGUGAGAAGUGGCUAGGCGCCAGCCGAACUGCUAGGCGGACUGAUUUCCAAUGGUCGAGUUGGAAGUGGAUCCCCCACCGCUCGCUACCCGCGACUGACCAAGGGGCACUGUACUACUGAGGACAUUCCCCAAAUUCCGCUCAGUUUCCCACUCGAACGUGGGACCUGGGUGCGGGGAUUUACAGGCUUGCGCCGCCCGGACAGCUCCGAGUCGUUUCAUUGGCGGGCACAGCCCCUCCCUCCUGUCAUCCAGCCAGUCCGUUCGCCCGGCCAAUCCGGCGCUGGGGAGGGCGACCUGGGCGCGGCGACCCGAGCGCGUCCGGGCGGCCAUGGCGGACGAGCAGCCCGACAGCCUGGAGGGAUGGGUGCCGCUGCGCGAGGACCUGUUCGCUGCUCCCGAGCGGCGCCGGCUGCGCUUCCUGGUGGCCUGGAACGCGGCGGAGCGCCAGUUCGCCGUGACCAUUCUUCAAGGACAUGGAAAAACCAACACCAUGGUAGCAUUAAUGGAACUUUAUCAAGAGGAAGAUGAAGCAUAUCAGGAAUUAGUGCUGAGUGCAACCACGUUUUUCCAGUAUUUACUGGAGCCGUUCAGGGUUAUGCGAGAACUUGCAACUUCAAGUAAGCUUAAUAUUUUGAAGUCCCUGGAUGAGGAUGAGCUGGGUCCUCAGAGGGUCACUGCCCUGCAGAAGGAAGCCCAAAAAUGGACGAGCCAGGCUGAAGAAGCUGUUGCCUCUAUUCAAGAUACCACUGUGAAUUAUUUUAUGGAGACAGUGAAGGCACUAACAGAAAUGCAGAAACAAAUGGAAGCGGAUAACAAGAGAUUUGGCCAGGCUGCCUGGGCCACCGCCGCCCCCAGGUUAGAGAACUUGAAGCUCAUGGUUGCUCGAGAGACCCUGCAACUCAUGAGAGCCAAAGAGUUGUGUUUAAACGACAAAAGAACUAAAAUUCAGAGAAAGAUGGAAGAUCUUCCAGAACGAGGAAAAAAAACCGUGCAUGUUGUAGAUGAAUUAGAGAUACAGUAUUAUGAAAUUCAGUUGGAACUAUAUGAGGUUAAGUUUGAGAUAUUAAAAAAUGAAGAAAUACUUCUUAUUACGCAGUUGGACUCUGUGAAAAGGCUUAUAAAAGAGAAACAGGAUGAAGUUGUCUAUUAUGAUACCUGUGAGAGUCCGGAAGAACUUCAGAUCCUUGGUUGUGCAGCGGCGUUGCAGGCCGGCGAGAACGCGGAGCUGAAGGAGCUCAGCCUGCGCCGCCGGCAGCUGGAGAUGCAGCGUGGGAGAAUCUGCACCAGGAGAGCUCGACUCCGGAACAGAAAGGAUCAAUGCAAAGAGAAUCAUCACCUCCGACUGCAACAGGCUGAAAAAAAUGUCCAGUAUUUGUACAAGCAUCACAGCAUUCAGAUGAAAAGAGACAAAAUAAAAGAAGAGGAACAGAAGAAAAAAGAAUGGGUAAACCAGGAACGCCAGAAAACCCUCCGGCGAUUAAGAGCAUAUAAAGAGAAAUGUCCGGGUCGGUCCAUACUACAAACCUUUUCCUCGGAGCCCGGGGCCCCAAGCCUGCCAGGUGACCUUGCCCAGCAGCUGCCCUCGCCCGCUUCUCAGCCAGGGACAGCAGCUCUCCCGCCCUCCUGGAAUACAAGACGCGCUCUGUCCUUACAUGAAAUGAGCGAUCUGAAAACCCUGGAGUGUCAAGACUGUCCUGGAAAGAUUGCUGUCCAGAUAGCUGUCCCAGCUGGUCACCAGACACACUCCAGAUCCAGUGAAGAGCUGUCACCACCCCCACAGCCUCCUCUUCCUCCGCCACCGCCCCCACCCCCACCGCCACCUCUCCCUGCUCUGUCCUUCCGUUCCCAAACCGCCACUCCUCAGAACCCAGGCCCCAGGACUUCGGUGCACAAUGACCAGCCACAUUCUCUGGUGUGUGAGUCACCUGCUGAAAGCCUGCAUCGCUCCUUGGAAACUGUUCCUGGCCCAGGAUCCAUGGACGAAGUGCUGGCCUCCUUAAGACACGGCAGAACUCGCCUCCAGAAAACAGAAGUGCGUGCUGUGCCCCCUUCCCGCACCUCGGUCAAUGAGGACAUCCUGGCGGCCAUCAGGCAGGGAGUCAAACUGAAGAAAGUCUCCCAGGACCCGGGCGCGGGCCCCAGCACCAGGCCAGCCAGCGACCUGGAGAGAAGCAUCAAGGCAGCUCUGCAGAGAAUCAAGCGAGUGUCUGCCGACUCGGAGGAGGACAGCGACGAGCAGAGCGCCAGCCAGUGGGACCAUUAAGGUCUCUUCCACGUGAGACCAAGGUGGACAGGCCACACAGUGCUUAAAAGAUCAGCCAGGCUUUGCGUGUGCCCCUGCAACUCUGAUUUCAUGCCGUGGCUCUUGGGAAGCAGAGCGGUGGUGACCGCCUCACACCACCCCCCGGCGAGUGAAACCCAGUGAGUGUCGCUGGCCGCGGGCAGCAGCGCUCGCUUCUCACCUGGGUCGUAGAAUCACCCCCAAGUUGGGGAGUUUACGUGGCCCUGUCGACAGCACUGUUGAACUGCUGUGCCCUCCCGCGUGUGUGCAGUAGAUUCCUCACAGUUAAAGGUCUGACUGUGAACGUUUAUUUUAGCAAGAAUCAGAGUAAACUGCUUAUAUUCAGGAAUUAUUUUAAAUAUUUAAAUGAAAUGUAUUUUAUGUAUGAAGCACUAUGUAAAUUCGUAAUAAAGAACUAUUUUAACUGUU